GAGCACAGUUCAGUAUGUUUUUUUUUCUCCACAUCAUCUAAGAUGGAUGAAUUCAGACUAAGUAAGAGUGUGUUGUUACAGGGAACAGUGACAUUCAAAGAUGUCGCUAUUGCCUUCACUCAAGAAGAGUGGCAGCAAUUGGAUUCUGCUCAAAGGAACCUGUACUGGAAUGUGAUGCUAGAAAACUAUAACAACUUAAUCACAGUAGGCUGUCCAUUCACCAAACCUUAUGCGAUUUUAAAGUUGGAGCAAGAAGAACCAUGGGUUGUGGAGGAAGAAAUGUUAAGGAGACACUGCCCAGGAGAAAUGUGGAGAAUUGAUGACCAUCAGAAUAUACAGGACAGACUUUUGACACAAUUUGAAGAUAAGUUUAUAAAAACACUGAUGGAAGAAAAAUUCAGAGAAUAUCAUAAAAAAACUUCUUAUACAUUUUCUCCAAACUCAGACAUUUUUUCUUCUAGUCACAACCUUUAUGACUAUAACUUAUUUGGAAAAUGUUUAGAACAUAAUUUUGACUGUCAUAAUAACGAGAGAAUUCUUAUAAGAAAGGAAUACUGUGACUAUAAUGAAUCUAUCAAGUCAUCUGGCAAUAGCUCAUUAAAUCUCGCAGUAAUCCCUUUUAUGUGUAAUCAUUGUGGAAAAGGAUUUAGUCAAACUUCGGAUCUCAUCAGACACCUGAGAAUUCAUAGUGGAGAGAAACCCUAUGAAUGCAAAAAAUGUAGAAAAGCCUUUACCCAUAAAGAAAAACUCCUAAAACAUCAGAAAAUUCACAAUAGGGAACAAUCUUAUGAAUGUAGUAAGUGUGGGAAAGCUUUCAUUAAAGUGUCAAAUCUCAUUAGACAUCAAAGAAUUCAUACUGGAGAGAAACCCUAUGCAUGUAAGGAAUGUGGAAAAUUCUUCAGUCAGAAAUCAAAUCUCAUUGAUCAUGAAAAAAUUCACACUGGAGAGAAACCUUAUGAAUGUGAUGCAUGCAGAAAAGCAUUCAGCCAGAAGCAAAGCCUCGUUGCACAUCAGAAAGUUCAUACCGGGGAGAAACCUUAUGCAUGUAAUGAAUGUGGUAAAGCUUUCCCUCGAAUUGCAUCCCUUGCUCUUCAUACGAGAAGUCAUACAGGAGAAAAACCUUAUAAGUGUGAUAAAUGUGGAAAAGCCUUCUCUCAGUUUUCCAUGCUUAUUAUACAUAUGAGAAUUCAUACAGGUGAGAAACCCUAUGAAUGUAAUGAAUGUGGAAAAUCCUUCUCUCAAAGCUCAGCCCUUACUGUACAUAUGAGAAGUCAUACUGGUGAGAAACCCUAUGAGUGUAAGGAAUGCGGAAAAGCCUUCAGCCACAAAAAAAACUUCAUUACACACCAAAAGAUUCAUACUAGAGAGAAACCUUAUGAGUGUAAUGAAUGUGGGAAAGCAUUUAUUCAGAUGUCAAAUCUUGUUAGACACCAGAGAAUUCACACUGGAGAAAAACCCUAUGUAUGUAAGGAAUGUGCCAAAGCCUUUAGCCAGAAAUCAAAUCUCAUUGCUCAUGAAAAAAUUCAUUCUGGAGAGAAACCCUAUGAAUGUAAUGAAUGUGGUAAAGCCUUCAGCCAAAAACAAAACUUUAUUACACAUCAGAAAGUUCACACUGGAGAGAAACCUUAUGAUUGCAAUAAAUGUGGUAAAGCCUUUUCUCAAAUUGCAUCCCUUACUCUUCACCUGAGAAGUCACACAGGGGAAAAGCCCUAUGAAUGUGAUAAAUGUGGGAAAUCCUUCUCUCAGUGUUCAUUGCUUAAUUUACAUAUGCGAAGUCAUACAGGUGAGAAGCCUUAUGUAUGUAAUGAAUGUGGAAAAGCUUUUUCUCAAAGAACUUCCCUUAUUGUGCAUAUGAGAGGUCAUACUGGUGAGAAACCCUAUGAAUGUAAUAAAUGUGGAAAAGCCUUCUCUCAAAGCUCAUCCCUUACCAUACAUAUACGAGGUCAUACAGGUGAGAAACCCUUUGACUGCAGUAAAUGUGGAAAAGCCUUCUCUCAAAUCUCGUCUCUUACACUUCAUAUGAGAAAACAUACAGGUGAAAAGCCUUAUCAUUGUAAUGAGUGUGGUAAGGCUUUCAGUCAAAAGUCACAUCUUAUUAGACACCAGAAAAUUCAUACUUAUUAGAAAUAGGAGCCCUAUGAAUAUUGUGAAUAUGGAAAAACCUUCAGAAAGAAUUAACACCUCCUUGCAUAUUACAUAAUUGAUUGUAGAGCAGAAAACUAUGAAUAUGGGAAAGCUUUUGAAGAAGUCACACACUUGUGAAACAUGAGAAUUAUUACCAAGGUUACAAAUUGUGUAAUGAAAAAGCUGCUCAUCAAAAACUUCUAGCAGAUAUCUUAUUUAUUGCUCUUUAUUUGUCAUUCUCAUUAAAGCCUGAAACAAGAUAUUUUCAGUCAGCUUAUCAACAUGAUACUUGAGCUCCUUGCCAAUGUAUUGUCAAGAAAAAGAUUAGAAGAAAAAAGAAACUAUAUAAACUUUUAUAUGAGA